GCCGUCACUCAAGCUCCCCGCUCUUUCCAAGAAACUGCGGGAUGUUAACUUUUGGCCGAUUGGCCGUUGGGCUGCCAGCGCCAUGGUGAAGCCCUGGAAUGUUUGGUGGCUCUUUAUUUGGAUUGCUACAUCAGAACCAGCACCCUGCUUGCCAGACGCCGUGAAGGCGGAGGAGCGAAGGUGGCUCAAGGACAAUGCUGGAAGAGAUCUUCCAUUGGGACUGCUCACUUGUGACUGGGCGAGCUCGAUGCUCUUCACCUCCUUGACCGACAUAUUGAUCCAAGAAGUGCUGGGCUACCACGCUUUCAUCAGCCCAGCUUCACUGUGCGGUUCGACACCUCAUCAGCUCUAUGCCUCCUUUGGCUGUACUGAAUUCAAUCACGAGGAGGCGCGUGAUUGCGAGAACGAGACUAGGAUUCAUGUGACUAUGGACUCUUGGAUCACCGGCUACCCCACGGAGUUGGACACCAUGAAGAGCAAAUAUCCGCACUUGGCACCCAGCGAUUUGGGCAGUAUGGGCUACGACGGACAUGAGUCGGUGUUCUUGCAGAUGCGGUCGAGGGCAGCUGCGGCACAGCAGGGCCUUGCUUUAGCUUACUAUGAGAGUUACAACACCUCCCACCACGAUCCCAAAGAGUAUUUUUGCAGCAUCUCUGAUAUCGGCGCGUCUCUGAAGCAAUGCAACCAAACUGACUUGUUUAAGACUGAGUUCAUGGAGAACUAUUUGAAUUGGACUGGUGAUAAUGAGGGUGUGACAUUUGAUGAGACGAACAGCUACGUUGCGAGAUGCUACAACGGCUCAUGGUGGCUGGCGCCAAGUUGCCGUUGGGAUCCCUUGACGUGUAUUCCGAUGAUCACUGCAGGGACAGGUUGGAGGGUGCAAGCGCUGAUGCAGUGGUCGACGGCCUAUGGGAUCCCGAGCGCGAUCGGCGUGGGUCUAGAGAACUCCGAUUGGGUGUCGAUCGUCCAAGACUUGAGCGUGAUGUUCUAUUGGUGGCUUCCUGAUGCCACCUUUGCACACCUGCAGCCAAGCAAAGUCAUUUUUCCGGACUUCAACGCUCGGGAAUGGGCCCAAGGGAACCAGAAGACGAUGAUGAAUAAGGCUUACAUUGGUAAAACUGUCAGCAGCAACUUGAGAGUGAAGGCUCCCAUCGUCGAACAGUUUGUGUCGCAGAUCAAUUUCGACAUGGAAGAGACUCAAGCCAUGCUGUUGGCCGCGAGGAGCACCAACUACAGCGAGGUCGCUUGUGAGUGGGUACGCGCCAAUCGCCCCAGAUGGCACGCAUGGCGUCCGGAUGCCUCGAACUGCCUCGCCGGCUUCGGCGUCGUGGACACUGCGCAGUGCUUCCUCACCGAGAGACGGAACGCCACGAGCUGUGAGGUCUGUCAACCUGGGAGCUUUUCAGAAGCCUUUUUCGAUGAGAAAGGGGCAACCUACCGUUGUGUCCCUUGUGCGGCGGACAGCCACCAAACACGAAGUGCCGCCAGCGCAUGUGACUUGUGCCCUGCGGGCACGUAUACCAAGAGUGCUGGUGAAGAGAAGUGCACCAGCUGCGAAGUGGGGCGAUACCAGAGUGGUGAAGGAAAGACCAUUUGCAUGGAGUGCAGUGAUCGAAGAACCACACUGUUUCAAGCUGGAGCUUCUUUAGAGGCUUGUGUUUGUCAGAAGGACUUUAUUGAGCAGAACGGGACCUGCAACAGUUGCGGUCUUGGGCUUCAGUGUCCUAAAGGGAGCACUGUCGAACUCUUGCUGGGUACUGCGAAUGUCACAGAGGGACAAGAUGCGCCAAGUCUUCAGUCGGGCUUCCAAAGCGAUCCUCACGGCGUGCCGUACAAGACCUUCCGCUGCCGGGAAUUCUGCCCCGGCGGCACUCCCGGCGUGUGCUCCGCCGGGCGGAUGGGGCCGACGUGCUCGGAGUGCCCGGUCGGCACCUUUGCUUCAUACUCUGGUCCCUGCCUGCAAUGUCCAGAAGAGUCAAUUUGGGGACUCUGGUUGACCUUGCUUUUGCUGCCGAUCCUCCCAGUCACCGCCAUCAGUUACUACGUGGUGGCUCAGCCCUACAUCCCGCGCAGCUCACCCACCUACGUGGUGAGCUCCAUCCUGGGAGAGGCGAUCAACCAGCUGCAGGAGCUCCUGGUCGUCUCCGCCGUACCCUCGGCGUGGCCGCCGGUAGUGAUGGAGACGGCGGCAGUGUUUGAGAUCCUCUCCUUGAACCUGGAAGUGGUCGGACUGGGCUGCUUCGUGACUGGGGGCACUGUGCGACGCUUCCUGGCGCAUACCAUGAUCUUCCCUGCCGUGCUCCUCCUCGCGAUGAUUAGGCGACCUUGCUCGCGUUGGCUGGUUUGCCUCACCAAUCCACUGGUCGUUGUGCUAUCAGUCCUCAGCCGCUUCUUCAAGGAAAAGACCUGUUUUUCACAGCGCCUGCGAUGGACCUGGUUUGGAACUUUGGCGCUCAUGGGUACCUUUUGUCAAACGACCUUCCCAACAAUGGCCAAUGUGGGAUUGUCACCACUGAUGUGCUACGCACAUCCAUCUGGAGAAGAGAGCGUUCUGAAGUACAGCAACAUCUUCUGUUGGACAGAGAGCCAUGCGGUCAUGCUGGCCAUGGGCUUCUCGCUGCUGCUCAUCGCGCUGGCCUUUCUUGUUUUAUGCCUUUGGGCCGCCUGGAGUGCUCCGGGCUGGUCGCCACAGGCGCAGGCAGCCGCGAAGUUCCUCUUCGCGGACUUCCGCCCGGAACAUUGGUGGUAUGGGACCUUACUACUCUUUCGGGAGCUGUUGCUCUCAAUGCCUUCGGUCCUGGUGCCUUCGUCUCCAGCGUUGCAAUUGGCUUUGUUACAAGCCUGGCUCUUGCUCUUCCUCGUCCUGCAAUCGUAUGUUCGACCAAAGAAGCUACCAGUCGUGAACUUGAUUUCGGCUGUGACCAACUGCAUUUUUGUGAUGCUCUUAGCUGUUGGCUUGGGUGGAAUACAAGGCAGCGAUCAGGACCAAGUCCUUGAGACUGCGGGAGCCAUCAUUUGUAUCCUGCUCUUCACGAUUUUCAGCAUCAUCCUCAUCCUCUUCGCCUUCGUCGCUUUGCUGUGGCAGCUGAACGUCUCAAGUACUGCGGAGCAUUGGAGCAACCUGGGUCCAGUGCCUCGGGCGAAGACGAUGUAUUUCCUGUUGCGGAAUCUCGCUCGAAGCAUGGAGGUCGCGAAAGUGCACAAGGAGUUUCUUCUGGAACGCAUGGAGGAACUGGGGACCUAUGAUGCACGCAUGGUCCUUACUUCGCUCCUCAUCCUGCAAUGCGAGAUUGGUAUUGACUCCCUUGGUACUGCGGGAAGCGCAGCUGCUGCACCGCGCUACGCGGCCAGCGGCAGCAGCCUGGGAAUCCGAGGCUCACAGGCCUCGAUGGCCUCGGCCAUCUCCGCCGCCUCGGUGAAGACCGAUACCUCGGGGCUGGGCCACCGCGGCCGCAUCGCGACGCCCUCAGCGGUGGCGCUGCGGGCGGGGCUCGGAUCAAGAGCGAGAAUGUCAAGGAUUGCGAGUGCGCUGCAGCGGUCCAAUCAAACGCUCUUCGAUCAAGACGACUCCAGCGACAGCGCCGACGGCUCCGGCUCUGACGGCCGCUCCCCGCCUGGCGGCUCCCCGCGUGGCGGCUCCCCGCGUGUCUCUUCGGGGCGGUUUGAGGAUGGAAGUGACACGAACUCCAACGAGAGAAAGGCGAGUUCUGUGGUGCAAAUUCGCAUCGCUGUGUAGCGAUCAGUCGCCGCGGUUCGCAUGGAUUGGAACCCGGGACCAUUAACAUGGAGCAGCCGACCUACUUUCGCCUUCAGUGUUGCGAAAACAGAGUAGUUUAAUAUAGUUUAAUGCUGCAAUGCGGAUGAAGUGUGAAACAUAGGGCCAAAGGCCAGAUGCCGCGUUGCACCUACAACUGUUGAUGCCUCUCCUACCUAAUCAGUCAUGAACCUUUAGCCAUCUUUGGG